CGAGCAAAGGUCUUAAGACUAAUCACUGACCAAUAUGACAGUUUUAAAUUUGAAAGUUUUAAAUUCUGUGAGAAAAUUUCAAAAUUAUGAAAACAUCUGCAGAGGAACUGGAGGUUGGGGUCAUGUAUCCGGUCCUGAACAAACAAAACUUUUUCAGUUGGGAAGACAGAGUUACGUCUGCAGUUUCUGAUACAGAGAAAAACAUAGCCAAACUAAAGAACUACAUGAAGUCUCCUGUACUGAGAAACAAAACUUUAGACAAGGGUUCAGUAAAACACAUCGGUAACAAGGAAGAUAUUUUGAGAUGCUACAUGUCUCACAAUGUGUCUAAUCAUGCUGCAGCUGAUUCUGUGGCUCUCAAGUCACCUCAGUUAUUACAAGAUCAUCAACCCAUUAAAAAUAAUACUUUUCCAGUAGAGCUGCUGUGGAAAAGUUUGCAUGAACAAGCUCAGAUGAUAUCAAACUUACAAAAGUCAGUCCGAGAACUUCUAGAGGCAAGGAACAACAGAAAAGUUCACAUCGAGAUACCAAAAAGGAAGAACAUGUUAGAUCAGUUUGAGGAAAAUAUCAGGUUGAAGCCGGAAGUUCCGUGUCCAGACUAUUUAGGAUCUAGACGAGCUACACAGUUCCAAGAAUAUGUAGGAACUAUGAGCAGUGACUGUCAGACCACACAAUUAGCCUCACUCUUUUCUUCAGAAUGCCUUACCCUGAGAAGUGAGAUGGACACACUGAGAACAAAGAUGUGUAAGUUGUCGUGAUGAAACUUGUGAUAAUCAAUGUGUAUGUUCCCACGAUGAAACUUGUGGUAAUCAAUGUGUAUGUUCCCACAAUGAAACUUGUGGUAAUCCAUGUGUAAGUUGUCAAGAUAAAAUUUGUGGUAAUCCAUGUGUAAGUUGUCACGAUGAAACUUGUGGUAAUCCAUGUGUAAGUUGUCACGAUGAAACUUGUGGUAAUCCAUGUGUAAAUUGUCACGAUAAAACUUGUGGCAAUCCAUGUGUAAGUUGUCGCGAU